AUGGGGUCGGAGCAGAAUCGAUUCCCUCUGCAAGAACGGCGAAAGAGAUGGGGAGGAUGCUUGGGAUCCUUGUCUUGUUUUGGUGCUCAGAAAGGCGGGAAAAGAAUUGUCCCUGCAUCUCGAAUUCCUGAUGGCAAUGCUUCCGUUACUCAGCCUAAUGGACCUCAUCAAGCAGCUGGGAUGGCCAACCAAGCUACCACAAUAUCUCCUUCCCUUCUAGCUCCACCUUCUUCACCAGCGUCAUUUUCAAAUUCUGGUCUCCCUUCUACUGCUCAGUCUCCUAAUAACUUUCUCUCCUUAUCUGCCAACUCACCUGGCGGCCCUUCCUCGACUAUGUUUGCCACUGGGCCUUAUGCUCAUGAGCAACAAUUGGUUUCCCCUCCUGUUUUCUCCACUUACACAACUGAGCCUUCCACUGCUCCUCUAACUCCUCCUCCUGAGUUGGCUCACUUAACCACACCUUCUUCCCCAGACGUGCCAUUUGCCCAAUUUCUCUCAUCCUCUGCAAAAUUCAAAAGCUCUGGAAAGGGCAGUUAUCAUCUUGCUGCAAAUGAUCUGCAGGCGGCUUAUGCACUCUAUCCCGGAAGUCCUGCCAGCAGUCUUCUUUCACCUAAAUCAAAGCCCUCGCAUGACUGUUUGUCAUCAUCCUUCCCCGAACGAGAGUUCCCUCCUCAUUGGGAUCCUUCUGUUUCCCCACAAAAUGGUGAGUGCUCGAGGAGUGAUUCUGGGAGGCUUUGUGGGCACGAUCGUACUUCUCCCUCCAUGGUGUCUCAAGAUUCCAAUUUCUUCUGUCCUGAUACAUUUGCAAGAUUCUACCUGGACCAUAAUCCACUAUUCCCUCAUACUGCUGGGAGGUUGAGUGUUUCUAAAGAUUCAGAUGUCUAUCCUACUGUUUCGAAUGGGCAUACAAACAGUAGGAAUAACAAGAGUCCCAAGCAAGAUGUUGAAGAAGUAGAAGCUUACAGAGCAUCCUUUGGGUUCAGUGCUGAUGAGAUCAUCACUACUACUCAAUAUGUGGAGAUAUCUGAUGUCAUGGAUGACUCCUUCACCAUGAACCCGUUCACUUCAAGCAAAAGUAACUUUGGAGAUGUCUCAGAAAAUGUGAACGAGAGUGAAAGCCAGAAGUUAUUAGGAACACAGAGAAAGCUGCCAAGACAACAGAGUCUGAAGUCGAAACCCGAUGUGAAUACUGAAGAAGGCUGUGAAGUUCUCUCUUCUGAUAGAUACAAAGGAAUGCAGCCAGGAAACAUCUCCGGUUCAAGUACGCCUCCCAGAUACAACCUAUCCGGCAACGAGGGCAUAUUCUCAAGGAAUGCUUCCUCGAAAGGCAGCAGAAAAUAUCACGCGGGGCUGUCAAGCUCGGAUGCAGAAAUUGACUAUAGGAGGGUAAGGAGCUCAAGAGAAGGCAGGCGCGAGAUAAUGCUCGGCACGAGUAAGUGA